CAGCCGCCAUCCGCGCGCGCACACACGCGGGGAACCAGGCAGAGGACCACCGCAAACAGGGAGGUGAUGGACAAUACCCUGAGGGGGGGCGUCUUCUGGCUUUUUAGGCGGGACCUCGCUGAGGAUAUCCAUAAUGCCGUCUGGGAUUAACCGUUGACGUCAUCUGGGAAAUUCCAUAAUGUAAAAAGUACUUUUUGGACCAUGCCCUCUCCUGGAUUUACUAGGACCGCUCUUCUCCUCGUUGGGAUUUAAAGUUUUGCCUUGGGAGAGUUGGGCAGCGGUGGCGGCCGCGCGGAAAUUUGGCUCUGGGAGCGCCGGGCUAAUCUUUGGAGACGCCACCGCCAUGAGGAUAGCCGGCGGCACGGGUGGGCUCUACCCCGUCCUGGUGGUCUGCCUCUGCUUCAUCCAGAGGGCCCACGGGGCCAGCCACCACCCGCCCAUCAGGGCGCUGGCCCGGAACCAGAGCAAACUGGCCAACGGGGAGACGGAGGUGCACCACAGGCCCAAAAGGGGCUGGAUCUGGAACCAAUUCUUUGUUUUGGAAGAACACAUGGGGACAGAGGAGCAGUACGUCGGAAAGCUUCACUCGAACUCGGACAAAGGCGACGGGACUGUGCGCUACAUUCUGAGCGGCGAGGGUGCGGGGAGCAUCUUCCUGAUCAACGAGGUGACGGGAGAUAUCCACGCCACCAGGAGCCUCGACCGGGAGAAGAAGUCGCACUAUGUGCUACACGCGCAGGCCCUGGACCGCCACACUGAGGAGGCACUGGAACCAAAGUCGGAAUUCAUCAUCAAGGUCCAGGACAUCAACGACAACGCUCCGCAGUUUCCCGACGGACCCUUCGCCGCCACCGUGCCCGAAAUGUCCGAUGUGGGCACGUCAGUGCUGCAGGUGACAGCCACCGACGCGGACGACCCCACAUACGGAAACAGCGCCCGCAUCGUCUACAGCAUCCUCCAAGGGCAGCCAUAUUUUUCCGUGGACCCCAAAACAGGGACCAUCAGGACCGCCUUAGCCAACAUGGACCGGGAAGCACGAGAACAUUACAUCGUGGUCAUCCAAGCCAAAGACAUGGCGGGCCAAGUCGGCGGCCUCUCCGGAUCCACCGUGGUCAACGUCACGCUGACCGACGUCAACGACAACCCGCCAAAGUUCCCGCAAAAAAAUUAUCAGCAGUACGUCCCGGAGUCGGCUCAGGUCGGGAAGCCGGUGGGCAAGAUUAAAGCCAACGACGACGACCUGGGCGUCAACGCUGACACCAAGUACAGCAUCAUCAACUCGGAAGGGGCCAACAUGUUUUCCAUCGGCACUGACAAGGACACCAAAGAGGGAAUUAUCACCCUCAAAAAGCCAUUAAACUACGAGAGGAAGAAGACGUACACGCUCCACAUUGAGGGAACCAACACACACACGGAUCCUCGCUUUUCCUACCUGGGCUCCUUCAAAGACAUGGCCAUGCUCAAAAUUACCGUCGGGGAUGUGGACGAAGCGCCUGUCUUCUCUUUGGAUUAUUAUAUCAUGGAUGUGUACGAGAACUCGCCCGCCGGCACGGAGGUGGGCGCCGUCACGGCCCGGGACCCCGACAGCAGGAACAGCCCCGUCAGGUAUUACGUGGACAAAAAGGAGGCGGAGCCAAUCUACUUUCGCAUCGACGAGAUCAGCGGCACCAUCAGGACUACGCAGCCGCUGGAUCGAGAGGACACGGCCUGGCACAACAUCACCGUGAUGGCCUCGGAGGUCGACAAUCCAGGGCUCCUCAGUUCCAUCCCAGUCACCGUGCAGGUGCUGGACGUCAACGACAACGCGCCGCAAGUGGCCGCUGCCGACGAGGAGGUCGUCGUCUGCGAGGGCACCAGGGCUGGACAGGUGAUCCAGACGAUCGGCGCCGUGGACAAGGACGACUUUGCCAACGGACAACGCUUCUCCUUCGCACUGGCCAGCCAGAUGCCGGUGAAUCCCAACUUCACCCUGAAGGACAACGAAGACAGCACGGCGAGUAUCGUGGCCCGGCGGCGGCGCUUCAACCACCUGACGCAGGAGAUGUACGAGCUGCCGGUGGUGGUGUGGGACAGCGGCGAGCCGUCCUUGAGCGGCACCAGCACACUGACGCUACACGUGUGCCCGUGCCAGCGCCACGGCAAGAUCCGCAUGUGCCAAGGCGAAGCCUUCCUGUCUUCGGCGGGCCUCAGCACCGGAGCGCUUGUCGCCAUCUUGCUGUGCAUCGUCAUCCUGCUGGCCAUCGUGGUUCUGUUUGUGACGCUGAAGCGCAGCAAAAAGGAGCCGCUCAUCAUCUCGGAGGAGGACAUCCGCGAGAACGUGGUCACUUACGACGACGAGGGCGGCGGCGAGGAAGACACCGAAGCCUUUGACAUCAUCGCCCUCCGCAACCCGGCCGCCGCCGAGGAGCUCAAGUUCCGGCGGGACGUGCGCCCUGAAGCCAGGCGGCUGUGCGGUGGCGCCGCCGGACCCCGAGGCCAGCGGAGCCCCUCGCUGCACCUGGACGAGGUGGACGUCCAUGAGUUUAUCAAGCAGAGACUGGUGGAGGCCAACAUGGACACCAGCGGGCCGCCUUACGACUCGCUGCAGACGUACGCCUACGAGGGCCAGGGUUCGCCCACGGGCUCCAUCAGUCCUUUGGACUCUCCCGGGAUUGGAGCACGCUCCGAGGAGGACAGUCACGACCUGGACGGCUGGGGGUCUCAGUUCCAGAGACUGGCGGAGAUCUACGCCGAGGCUCAACUCAAUGUGAACACUUAACUUUGCUCCACCAAACCAGACUGAAGACCUUUUGGAAUCAAGUCAAGGAUGCUAACAAAGAACUCGUUUUUUUUUGUUUUUUGAUCCUGGCUCCUUGGCGUGGAACUACUUUGAGGAUGAGAUUCGCACAAGAAUGAACAACACUAUGGGGGAAAAUGAAAGGGAUAUUUUC